CUGAGCAGGUGCAGGUGAUUGGCGCAGUGGGAAGCGAACUCUGAACCCAGGCCAAGCUCUAAACGAACCAGGAAAAUUCACAUUUUACCUUCAGACACAAGGAGCGGGGUGUGUGCGGAGGGGCAAAGAGCGCUGCUGACCAAGUCCAGGAUUAUCAAUGAGUUUAUUAUAAGGAGUCUAAAUCAUGAUCGAGGAGCGAGGACACAUCAUACUAUUUCAGUUUUAAUCCCAGAGGAGAAUGACGUGCUGUGAUUGACCACCACACAUCAUGGAGAUCCAAAAGCGGAUGUCUGCCUGUUGGCAGAGCUUUCUGGCAUGUUUUAAAAAACCGAACCGAUCUGGAGGUGGAGAGAAACGUAGCGAGGACAAAUCCGACACAGUUAUUGAGAACCCCGUUGCUGUUCAAACCACAGAUCCGAGCUUCCAUUUGAAUAGAAGUUUACCAAGUCCUCCAGCUGCGCGAUCAAACGUGUUUUACAUCGCUCAGUAUGAUUACGCAGCUCGCACAGAGGAGGACCUGAGCUUUAACGCGGGGGACACUUUGGAGGCUCUGGAUAAAAAUGCUGGAGACUGGUGGUAUGCCAAAGCCCUCACCGGGGUCUCAGCCACCAAACAAGGAUACAUCCCCGCUAAUUAUGUCGCUCCUGUGGAGAGUAUUGAUGCCGAACCAUGGUAUUUCCCGGAAACCAAGAGGCUGGAUGCAGAGAAGAUGCUGCUGGCAGAUGGAAAUGUGCACGGAGCCUACCUCGUCAGAGACUGUGAGAGUCAGAAAGGAGAUCUCUCCUUGUCAGUGCUAGACAACGGGAGAGUGAAGCAUUACAAGCUCAAAAAACUGGAGAAUGGGCACUACUUUGUGUCCAGGACCCGAUCCUUCCAGACACUGAAAGAGCUGGUGGAGCAUUACUCCAUGCAGGCGGAUGGCCUCUGUGUGCGUCUGGGUGAACCAUGUUUGAGGAUGGAGGCUCCUCAGACUCAUGGUCUGUCAUACAACACUGUUGACCAAUGGGAGAUUGACCGCAAGUCCAUCAAGCUGCUGAGGAAGUUGGGAGCCGGUCAGUUUGGAGAGGUGUUUGAAGGCCUGUGGAACGAAACCACGGCCGUCGCAGUGAAGACCCUCAAAACUGGUACCAUGGACCCCGAAGACUUCCUGAGGGAGGCCCAGCUCAUGAAGAGGCUGCGGCACGCCAAGCUGAUCCAACUGUACGCCGUGUGCACCAUGGAGGAGCCCAUCUACAUCAUCACAGAGCUGAUGAGCAACGGCAGCUUGCAGGAGUACCUGCAGAAGGAUAAAGGCGCCAAUCUGCGUCUCUCAGACCAGAUUGAGAUGGCUGCUCAGGUGGCUUCAGGCAUGGCCUUCCUGGAGUUACAGAACUACAUCCACAGAGACCUGGCGGCCAGGAAUGUCCUGGUGGGAGACAACAACAUCUGCAAGGUGGCUGACUUCGGCCUUGCCAGAGUCUUCAUGAAAGAGAAUGAAAAUGUGUAUGAAGCCAAAGAAGGGACCAAAUUUCCUGUGAAGUGGACCGCUCCAGAAGCUAUCCAAGACAGCAAGUUCAGCAUCAAGUCUGACGUUUGGUCCUUUGGGAUCCUUCUACACGAGAUCAUGACGUUUGGACAGAUGCCGUACCUAUCCAUGACGAACAUGCAGGUGGUCCAGAGGAUUACUCAGGGCUACAGGAUGCCGUGCCCCCCCGGCUGCCCCAAAGUCAUGCACGACAUCAUGAUGGACUGCUGGAAGGGGGACGAGUAUGAACGACCCACAUUCGAGACCCUGCAGUGGAAGCUGGAGGACUACUUUGAUCUGGAUGUAACCUCGUACGAUGAUGCUAACCGUUACUAGCACUGUGACGGGCUGUGAAACAUGGACAGAGACAAAAAUAUCCUAUCAAAUCAUCAAAAUCCAAACAUGAACAUGAACAUGCUUUUAUAAAGCGGCUGAUGGAAAUGUAAUUCAUGAUAGAACUCAUUGCAGGAUCUGAAAUGACUGAUCUGCUCGUGAUUGGACACUGUAGCUGCAGUGAGGAAGAUCCUUCAGUCUUGACACUCCUGGUUUUGUUCCGUUUGAGUAAAUGCACUUUCAACAGGCUGUGCUCCAGUCUAGUCUGACUCCUAAAGCUCACCUGACGGGAUGAGGCGUCUUUCAGCAGAGACACAAAGUUACUAUCUGUCCAUCUGGAUGAACCAGUUCUUCUUGCACUCCACAUAGCGCACAUUCUUUCCACUGGCUACCUGCCCAGCUUCUUCUACCUGAGAGGACAAGUGAGUCAUGAUCACCUACAAGUUCCUUCUGUUUGACGACUUCUUGUUAUUGGCCGAGAGGCUGUGAGAGUGACAGGAUCUUUCAUCUGAGCUCUUUCAGGAUUGUACAGAGCGGCAACCCCAACCAGGAUUCUCUUUGUGCCACUGUAAAUACACCUUCAAACAAAGAUCGUGCUUUUAAUCGAACAUCAUUUUCUUUUUAAAGUAUGUGCUCAACUGUCAAAAGUUUGACUUGGGAAAGCUACAUUGUGCACACAAAUGACUGUGACAUAUCACCUGAGAUGAUUAAGUUAAAGUAUUUUUAAGAUUUAAAUAUGAAUGAUCCGUUUCAUUCUCCUUGGAGCUGAACUAGUGUCCUUACUUAUUUGUUUUUAUCUUAAAAUUAAAUCUGUUUUUGUUUCUCUGGAUUUGCACUUUUAAAGUUUGUUGCUCAAAGUUAUUAAAACAUGAGCAGUUGAGUGAAGUUAAGUUUGUAGGAAGCAGGACCCAGAGAGUUAAAGGUGGCAAGCAGCAGUGUUGGGUUUUAAAGGGAUACUUCUAUUUUUUUUUUCUAUAUUUUUUUUUACAUGUGGUUGUUUGCGGAACCCCUCAGUUGUAAGUUUUUUUAACCACAAAGGAUCCCGGUCAGCUCGGCCACUUUGUUCUGAAAUAAGCUGGAGAACUGACACAGACAUCAGUGUCUUAACUGCUGCAGACGGGUUCGGCUUUACCACUUCAUUUAGCUCAUUCUGAGACUGUCUGACCCCAAACUUUGAUGUCUGUUUUAGCACAACUUUGCAGUCUCCAUGCAAACAUGUUCCUCCGUCUGCACUUAUCAGUUGUUUGAAUCUGUGAUGUAUCAACCUGAAUUUUUCCCUGCACACUGAUGGGUAUGCUCUGUGUUUUGAUAUCAGUUUGACAAAUCUCUCAAUGUAGCAUACACUUAAAUCAAGAUGAGUGUUUGUGUUGGAGUUUCUUCAUUAGCUAAGUUAUACAGUAGGGUUGGCCCUGUCUGGAGCGGUUCAUAGCCUAGCUGCUCUCAGUAAGCUGCUCAUAAUUCGCUGUGUCAUCUUCUGGUGACAGAGAGCAAAAUGAAGUGAAAGUGUACAGAGCAGGAAGUCCGAUUGACUAAAGAGAUUUUUGGAUUUGAUACUGUUAGAUUUUGAUUUUGAAUGGAGUUGAGAAGAUAAAUAAAAUAUUUUAAUUACACCCAUUACUUCAGUAUUUUAAGACCUGUGGACUGUAUUACAUAGCUUGAUGUUUAAAGGAAUAGUAUGUAGUCAGGGUUGUGGAAAUUCUCUGGCACAUUGCUCCAGUCAGUAGCUCUGAGACAUGUUGUAAGGGUUGCAACACUGUUUUUCUUUUUGGCAGUAACAUGAUCAUACAGGAAUUGGAUCAUUUUUCUGCAAGGUAAAAAAAAAAAAUCUUCAGGAAGAUUGCUGACUGGAAAUGAUAUCACAAUCGUUCCACAGGUUGAUUGAUGCACAGCUACACAGCUACACUGAGGACAAUCAGAGUUUUAAUUUGCGUGCACAAUUGAAGCCAUUUGCAGGAGCAAUAAUUGUUUCAAGUAAAGUGUCUUUUUUUCUACCAUGCACUCCUCAAUCCUCAACUCUUUUUGGACAAGGGGCCCAAUCCUUGAUUUCUCUACUAUGUAUUAUAACACCCUCGGUGCCACACAUCACCUCCUGCUUUCAUUAUGACAUACAUUAAGUUAAAUGCAUUUGUAUUAUCUAUUUAAUUUGCAUUGAACUUGCAGUUUAAUGACUCCAUGACUGAACAAUGUGACUAUCUACUUUCCUUUUUGAUGCUUUCUGUUCAAAAGUGCAUAGCUGCUCUCUGAUCUGUGGCCACACUGUUUAUGACCGGCUGUAGCUGCAAGGCUGGAGAUGCUAAUCAAUGUUUGAGGCAUUUAUUUAAAGGCAGAACGAGCAGGAUUUGUCAAUAAGUGUUUUGUAAACACGUUUCAAAGUACCCCCCUGGUUCUUUAGGAGAGAGCAGCUUCAGCAGGGAGGUAAGCCGUGAAUCAGGAAAUAAAAGUUUAGUCUUUUAUUGAUUUAUGCUGAUUAUGCUGUAAAGGAGAUUAAUCAAUGCAGUCAAAGAUCCCUGCCAGCUUUUGUUUAAAAACAGCUGCAGCUCGGCUUCACCAUGCCAAGAGGUGAGAGACCGGGACAGAGACGUAACCCGAAGGAAGUCCUGCUCUUUCUGCCUUCAUGUGGUUAAACCUGGAGGACUUAAUCACGCUCCGAUGAAUUUGUUUGAUGUUUUAGCGUUGUUAACAAAUCUCAUUAAUCGUGUAUUAUAACCAUGGAAUUGUUUAUAUGAUCAAUCUGUAUUUUACAUAAUUAUUCUUUAUGCAUAAUAUAAUUAAUUAAAUGGUUUAUAUUUA